AUGUCACAGGAUCUAGAACAGAAGUAUAUCAACGCUGGUGUAAACUUCACAUCUGGACGUCACGAUACCUACCCAUAUAUCGACCCUACACACAACGACCUCAACGGAAAGUAUGUGCUCAUCACUGGCGCAUCAAAAGGCCUUGGAAAAGCUGCGGCACUUAGCUACGCAAGGUCGGGAGCAUCCGGGAUCGCACUCGGCGCACGCUCUCCUCUCGAACCUGUCGUGGAAGAAGUACUAGCAGCAGCGAAGAGCGCCGGCCGCCCGGAACCGAGGAUUGUCACUCUCUCUCUUGAUGUUACAGACCGGCACAGCGUCGAAGCCGCAGCUCAAAAGAUUUCCGGAAUUUUCGAUGGUCGUCUCGAUAUCCUGAUCAACAAUGCAGGCCACCUAUCCAAGUGUGUUAGUAUCCUAGAUUCCGACCCGGAUGACUGGUGGCGCGGCUGGGAGGUCAAUGUCAAGGGCGUGUAUCUAGUGACCCGCGCUUUCUUGCCAUUGCUUCUCAAGUCGUCCUGGAAGACCGUCAUAAACAUCUCAUCAGUUGGAGCUGUCAUGACCCUUCAAAAUAACUCUGCAUACGGUUCGGCAAAGCUCGCUAGUCUGCGCUUCACCGAGUACAUUAGCCAAGACCACGGCGAGGGUACAGAUGGUGUGAUUGCGAUUGCUGUGCACCCGGGCCAUGUGAGGACAGAGUUGGCGAUGAACUUGCCAGAGCAUCUGUAUGCGCUUCUUACUGAUAGUCCUGAGCUUGCGGGGGAUACACUGGCGUGGGUAGGGAGAGAACGGAGAGAAUGGCUGUCUGGACGGUAUGUCAGUGCCAAUUGGGAUAUGGAAGAAUUUAUCGAGAAGAAAGAAGAGAUUAUUAGAGGGGACUUGUUGAAGGUCAGGAUGGCGAUCAAGCUUCCGUCAUAG